AUGGAUCGAGAGUUUCACAAUAAAAUCGCAGAAAAGUGUUUGUUGCAUUUUCGCGCGUUACCCAAAACGGGCAAACCGAAAGAUGGCGAAGAGUGGACCGUGUUGUCGUGUAUCGCGAAACGUUGCGACGACGACGACGACAACCUGGAGGUCGUCUCCGUCGGCACGGGUUCGAAAUGCAUCGGCAAAAGUAAAAUGUGCCCGCGGGGAACGGUCUUAAACGAUUCUCACGCGGAAAUCGUGUGUCGACGCUCGUUCUUGCGAUACUUGUACGACCAGAUGAAUUCCGAACGGUCAAUUUUCGAUUUCUCGUCCGAGAGGUCCAGGUUUCAGUUGAAGGCCGGCGUGACGUUCCACUUUUUCACGACGCACGUGCCGUGCGGUGACGCGGCUAUUUUCGCGACGCAGCUCGUCGAAGAUUUCGGUGAUAUUUUGACGAGCAACGAAGGUCCCGGGCCCGCCAAGAAGAAGAAGAUCGCUUCGGACGUGUCUCGCACCGGUGCCAAGUGCGUCGUCGGCGACGUCAGACAAGACUCGAAAGAAGCUGGCGCCGGGUAUCACGUCGUCGGAGUGGUGAGAACCAAGCCUGGCAGGGGCGAUCCUACUUUAUCAGCUUCCUGCAGCGAUAAAAUGGCAAAGUGGUGCCAUCUAGGCAUUCAGGGGGCGUUGCUUUCGAUUCUCCUGGAAAGUCCAAUUUAUCUGUCCAGUUUUACGAUAGCGACCGGGACUCCGUUUUGCCCCGCUGCCCUGGAGAGAGCGCUGCACGAAAGGUUGGGCGGAGCCGCGCCCGAUGAUGUACCUUAUCACCCGAUAGCUGUCGGGUGGGGGAACAAACCCUUCCCGCACGCCAAAACCGACAGUAAACGGCCGUGUGCGUCUAGUAUAUCUUGGUCGCGUAUUGGAAAUAACGAACAACGGGCGUUGGAAGUUGCCGUUGACGGACGAAGGCAGGGCGUGACCAAGAAGAAUUCAACCGAGAGCGGAGGGGCCUUAAAAAUUUGCAAGUUGGCGCUAUUCGGGCAGUUUAUCGCCGUGGCGAAACGAUUUGAGAUUAAAAUCGCGGCCGACGUAGAGAGCCUCGACGUUAUGACGUACGAAAAGGCGAAACGAGCCGCCGAAGAGUACCAGCGGCGCUGGCACACGUUGCGGCAACUAUUCAAUAUUUGGCCGCGAAAAGACGACGAGCUUCUACAGUUUUGCGCCCCAAAAUAAAAUGAUUUGUCACUCCAAAACUUUCCAGAAGAAAAAAAAAACAAAAUGCACGCUUAUACGUCGUGUCACGUAUCGAGUCAAUUUGUGGAUAGCAGCGAAUUCGAUCUAAACUGUGAGGCAAAUUCUAUUAAGACUGAGAUGAUUAGUAAUCGGGAUUGUUUUCUUUGUCAAACAUCCCAUUCCAUCGUUCCUGUUGCUCGACCACCCGCCCGGGUUGCUCAAAGUUCAAGUAUGCGUUUCACAAAAAAAUGUUGGGCUCGAGUGCUAGGAUCAUUCGCCCAUUGCCGACUUCCGUCGAGGAUCUUCGCUUUUGGUCAUUGACCAACACGUACAAAGAAGACAUAUAACCAAUAUUUGCUCAACUAGCAAAAAAACAAAUUUGACCGAUACCAAAAAAAACCGACACCCCCCGCUUCCACCGCGGACCAUCCGGGCCCAUCCGGCCUCCAUACCGGCGUGAACGGGGAAAAACGACGGGGGCCGACGACGAUUAUAACUUUAAAACAUGCACUGAACACUAACAACACUAAGUCCACACAGUGGAAACCGAUAUCAAACUUUUGAGGACGAAUACAAGGGAUUCUGUCGGGAGCGAACGGAGGUUAAACCGCCGCGUGCAAUGCUCCCACCACAGAAUCCCCGGGUUGCUCCUGCUGCUGCUGUUCUAGUGUGUACGAGGGACGUGCCUCGCGCUCCCACGACCAACACUCCUUGGCCGGUGCAUUCUAACCCCCGGUACCCUUUGUGUGAUUUAAAUGUGUAACGCCCUAAACGAUGCGCCAACAUAACGUGCGACUUGUCAAAAGGACAAACCGCGAUUUUUUCUAGAACAAAACGAAGUAUGUGUAUGUCGCGUUUCCUAUAAAACACACAUUUUGUAAACAAAACUUCUAGGAAGUGGGGUUAUCAAAUAAUUUUCAAAAAUGUUGUUUUUUUGUUUACCAAAAUUCACAUUUCUAUUCACUGUCAUUUAAACGAUAUUAAAAACACUCAAUUUAAUUCGAUUAUUAUGCAUCGUAAAAAAGUGGAGUAUCAUAUUAUAAAAACAGGUAGAAACUGACCAAAAAAAGUGACAACCCCCACUGAAACCCACAAAAAAAAAGACACGCACUUACCAGUUGUAGGGAAAUGGACAUCGCACUGAAUAUAGUCGACAAUACACAUGCAACGUAUUUAUACGCGUGUACUCCCUUCCACGGUUGAAUUAAAAAUAGAAAAGUAACUUAAAAAGUCGGAAGGUCUUCUAACCGCAAGCACCAACGCCGAUUUGAAUAAACGCGGUGAACGUAUGUUGCCGCCAGAAAACCAUGCAGGGUCAACAUGAUUUCAGACGGGAACGACACGCUGUCGAUGAAAACACGAUUUUCGAAAUAAAGAAUUCGGGUGUCCAAUUCAUCUUCAAGAACAAGCAAAUAGACUUUCAAGUGCAGGAUUUUUGGGAUUUUUUGUACUUCCUAGAGGAUGAGGUGAGGGAAAUCAUGUACGGGAACGACAUAAUAGUCUACACCGGGGACAAUAUCGCGUUGCGCUAUUCGAAUGAAGAAGAGAGCUGUGAGUUGAUACUGAAACAGGAUCAUGGCGACGAAAUUAUCCUCGAUGAAGUAGAAAAUCUCACACACAUUACACAUCUAAUUUCAGUUACACCCUUUUUAGACCAGUUUAGUAAUAUUUUUUUUACUGCAGAUCUCGAUGACGAAUAGUUGGAACCCUUAUUUGGCCACCCUGUUGAUAUUUAAGUGAAGUACGUGUUUAUUUUAAACCUUUUUUAAAAUAAUUUUCUGACUAAUACAUUAGAAUGUUAGAAAGGCCUACAUGUGUCAAAUAAGUAAGUAUAUAAAUUUGUAUGCGUUUUCUUUCAGAUGUUUUUGCAAAAUUUAGAUUAUUAUAUAUCUUAUUUUUACAAUUAUAUCAAUAAAUUCAAAUAAUUAAUCAACAAGGAUACCUUAUCCAUUCUUCUCUC